AAGAUAUGCACCAUCUACAUUUGCGCACACCCUACCUUCGCAUAUCUUUCGCACCAUGCAGUCAACAACAACGCCAGAAAAUCCUGCCCCGCCUAAAUCGUACAAUUUCAGCCUAGAUAAUAUGAAAAACACAAAAAUAUUCAAUAACCAACCGGCUUCUCCGCUGUAUUCGGUGGUCACCGACGUAAAGUCGGACAAGCACACUGAUAUCUUUGACCUUCGUGGCAAUCGCCUUUUGGCUCGGAUCGACAGGAGAGAUAUCCUGCCAGACACCAUCACAUUUCCCUAUAGAAAUGGGGGCUAUUCAAUAUACCUCAGUAAAUGGCUGCAGAAAAGCAAGCUUGAGAAUGGACAUCAUAUCCACGCCAUUGAGACUGCACUUGGAACUUACGUUUGGAAGUCAGACGCCGAAUACCGACUUGCUUUAUAUCGGAAGGGCGACAUGUCCAAACCCGUCGUGCACCUCCAACAAGGAACGCGAACCCAAAACUUCGCAGUAAUCAUGCAGGGAGAAGCGGAGCUCAUUCGCGACGACGUUAUCGUGUCCUUCUUGAUGCUCGAACAACGACUGAGGAUAUCUGAAAAGAACAUCGACGGUUUACUAUCCACUGGUACCAAUAUUGUCAGUGCCACUGGUACCAAUCUUACGGACUCGAACAGAAGGCAUCUCAAGGCAAUUUAGCAAUAGAGCGAACCCCCCGCUCUUCACUAAGUGACAAGUCGUUUUUGGAAGCUGAUGCUACGCGAUGUCACAACGAGUCCGGGGGUCAUGUCGAUGAACUCCCGCCUGGGUUUUUUGAUAGCAUGGAGGCCGAAGUUCACCCCUCCCAAACAGGUGCUUCCCACCCUCAUUCUUAUGCAAGUGCACUCCUCGCUCGUCUU